GGGCACGCAGUGGCAAACGAACUCCCUGUGAGUUCCCAUGAAAGUUCCUGCUUCGCUGCAAUCCAAACGAAAAUUAAAAAGAUAACGUUUGCAUUGAGGUGAGGCAGGUUGAGGCAUGAACACCCAGGGUAAUGCCAUCAUGAGCUCCCCCAAAACGUCUGCAUCCUUUCUAAUGAUCAGCGUGAGUCUAUGGUUUACUAUGCUCCUGCUCCGUUCCGGUCAACUGAGAGCUGAGCUCGGGACAACCCCCAACAUUAAACACAUCGUGGUCGGAAGGUGUUACAGUUACAUCACGCUAGUUAACCCCAGCUUGAGGUAUGACUGUGAGGACAUCUGGAGUCAGUUCGAAGAGGCGGUCGUCCGUCAGUCUUCUUGUAAUGUGACCGUGGAGGAUUAUCAUCCCAUGUUUUAUGCAAUGCCACAAACCUGGCCUUGUGAUUCGUUCCUCUUCUGGAGUAAAACCAGGACACUGAUGCACAGCUAUGCAGCUGUGGUGCGUCACUUCUGGACGCUGGAGGACACGCUGGUCGGCUACAUGUUCAACGAUCUCAUCUGGUGUGGACAAGAGGAAGACUCCGGUUUUGAUUUCACUUCUUGUCCGGAGUGGUCGGCGUGUAGAAAUCAUCCGGUGUACUCCCUGUGGAGGCGAGCGUCCCAGAAUUUUGCAGAGAUGGCGUGCGGCAACAUCACCGUGUUACUGAAUGGAUCUAUUGUCAACGCCUUCAAUAGAAAGAGCAUGUUUGGGAGUGUUGAGCUGGACGGUCUGAACCCACACAGGGUGAAUUAUGUCAACAUAAAGGUGGUGGCCAAUCUAGAGGGACCAUUCAUAGAAUCAUGUAGUCAAGGAUCCAUUGUAGACCUGAUCCAGAUCCUCAAGUCCAGAGGUUUCCGCUGGACUUGCACAGACAACGACGAGACCCUGAUGAUCCUUCAGUGCAUCCAGAACCCCAAACUGUCUUCCUGCCAAACAUGUGCAAACAGCCUGUUGCACAGAAGGAGCCUCACGUUGAACUGACUGACCCACAGAUUCAGCACGUUUUCUGAAAUAGCUCAUUUGGCAUCUUAUUGUCAGUGAAGUGACAACACAGUGCAGAGGGUUUCCCCAUUUUGAAGCCCAGUACAUCAAAAUGUCAUUUUAAGACCGCCUUUUUAUUUUCAUUUAUGUAAAAUGUAAAUUGGAUAUGAGCAUACGUUAUUCACAUGUGUAAAUGUUUAUUAAAAUGUGUUCAUUUUCAUUCAUAUGUGAAAAUUAUCUGUUCAAAUGUGACAUUAUUUUAUUUUCACAUGUUGAGAUCUUAUCAAGUGAAAAUCAAUCGCAUGUGAAAAUGUGGAAUUUGCAUGUAAAGAAGCAGGUAUUAUGUGUUUUUAUUGUGCCAUGCCUUGUUUGCACAUGUGGAAAAAGCCAAUCGCCAAUGAAUUUAUGUACAUUAUCUUAUUUUCACAAGUUAUGGCAUUCGUUUAGGUGAAAAGAAGUUUCAUAUGUGACAUUCUCGUGAGGGUGUUGACACAUUUUUGUUCAAUCAAAUCACCCACAGAGGCUAUAGCAUGAAAAACCUUUAUGCUUUUCACUGAGACCUGAAUGAACAGAGCUUUAUUGGGGCCCAGCAGCUUAUUUUUGCCCUGGACCUCAAAGCGGUUUAGUACGUCCAUGUCUGAACCACCUGUCUGUGUUUAUGGGACCAAAGUUCACAGUGGAAACACUGCAGGCCUUGACCUGACCAGUUACAAUAUAGUGCAAUAACAUGUCAUAUUUUCAAUAGUCUGAGAUUAUUAACAUUCUGUUUCUGAUUGCAUGUUACUGGUGACCUUACCAUAACUUUUUGAUUCCAUUGUUUUGCGUGUUCAGUCUUCACGGGUGAACAGCCUCGAGACAACACACCCACAUAGAUAGCCUGUGCAGCUCGACCUGUUUGUUUUGUUAGUUUAACAAAAGAUCCUGUUAGUAUCAAAGUUUAGAGUUUGAUUUGCGCUCAAAACCAUAACGUACUCAUUACUAAACAUGUGAUUUGUUUAACAUUAUAAGAUAAUUGAAGCAGGAAACAUCCACUAAAUGAUAUAUAUGUGUUACUGGAUCAUUAAGUCAUUAAGAACCUGUUUACUGGAAUGAGAAUAAACUAUUGGUGUUGCUGCUCUCUCUUGAGCUCAAAGGUCUGCUGCAUUUCUCAACAUGUUCACCCGUG